AUGGUGCGGAAUUGUGCUGCACUCUACCGUGGUGCGGAAUUGUGCUGCACUCUACCGUGGUGCGGAAUUGUGCUGCACUCUACCGUGGUGCGGAAUUGUGCUGCACUCUACCGUGGUGCGGAAUUGUGCUGCACUCUACCGUGGUGCGGAAUUGUGCUGCACUCUACCGUGGCGCGGAAUUGUGCUGCACUCUACCGUGGUGCGGAAUUGUGCUGCACUCUACCGUGGUGCGGAAUUGUGCUGCACUCUACCGUGGUGCGCUGCACUCUACCGUGGUUGUGCUGCACUCCACCGUGGUGCGGAAUCGUGCUGCACUCCACCGUGGUGCGGAAGCGUGCUACACUCCACCGUGGUGCGGAAGCGUGCUACACUCCACCAUGGUACGGAAGGGUGCUGCACUCCACCGUGGUGCGGAAUUGUGCUGCACUCCACCAUGGUGCGGAGUUGGUUAAUUUCAAGACACACAUCUCUAACAUGCUAUGA